CACUAAGGGUGCCAAUAAUUGUGGAGGGCACUGUAGUCAUUUUCUGCAUACACAGUAAAACGUUCAGCAAAUAUAUUAUAGAGUAUAAGUAUUGCCAUCGUCACCAUCAGUUUUUUAUUUGAAUCGAAAAUAUAACACCUUAUAACGGAAACUGCCAAUGUGACACAAAUACUAACAUCCCCACACAGUGAAUUGACAGAGACACAGAGACACAGUGUUUCACAUUCAUCCCCUAAAGAGCAAGCAAUGAAGUUACCAGCAGGUAGUGAGCUCGUCACUAAAUUUGCUCUUUGAGCAUAAGUGAAAGUAUUGGUAUUUUUGUCUCAGGAUGAAAUACAAAUUGUACAUGUGUUGGUAAAGUUAAAUUAAAUUAAUUAAAAUAAAUGACAAAUGUCAAAGAUGACCUUUUACACGCACAAUAACAUAAAUGUAGUCAUCCUCUACAUCCUGUAAUACCCUGUUUUGAUCUUAUCUGAAUUCAUCCUUUUUCUGUGUCGCAUCCAAGAUCAGAAAACGUAAAAUUACUACUUAUAGUUAUAUUUAUCAGCUGUUAGUUGUUAUGAUUUGAAUAACAAAGUAUCGUAGCUACAAGUUUGACCAAAUCUGAUUUUCUCUCUUGAUCAGCCCUCUGGCACGAUAGGUGGAGUAGAGUGACGGGGGUUUAGAGUACAAGGUACAGUACUUAGAACAGUAGAACUCCGGAGCUCAGCUGCGGACCAAUCAGACGCCGGUUGCUGGAUUACUGACUGAAGGUAACUUUACCAACGCAAACAUGAACCAGCACAUCUCAGCUGUCUCUGACUGUGACUGCUCACCGCAACAUCAGGCUUCCAGGAACUGUCAUGAAUAGUGAAUGAAAAGUUUAUAAACGAGAGAGUGACUGAUGAGAUUUUACGGCCGUUAACCUCACGUCUUUUUCAGAUUGGCUAAAUUACAUUUUGCACUAUGGCUGGAGAUGGAACUACAAUAAAAAAUCGGAUAACAAAUUUCCUACGUUCUCCUUCUAUCAAACUGAAAAGGAGUCGUACAAAGGAAAACCUUACAACGAAGGUGACCCUUGAGAGGGUGCUGGGGCUCACCACCUCUGGGAACAGUGGCCUGACCUGUGACCCCAACACUGGCCUGGUGGCGUACCCAGCAGGGUGUGUGGUUGUUCUGCUGAACCCAAAGAAGAACAAACAGCAGCACAUCCUCAACACAUCCAGGAAAGCCAUCACCACUCUGGCCUUCUCCUCAGAUGGCAAGUACCUGGUCACUGGAGAGUGUGGGCACCUGCCUGCGGUGCGUGUGUGGGACGUGUGUGAGGGCUCCCAGGUAGCGGAGCUGCAGGGACACAAAUAUGGCGUCUCCUGCGUGACCUUCUCCCCCAACAGCAAGUACAUCGUCAGUGUGGGCUACCAGCACGACAUGAUCGUCAACGUCUGGGCCUGGAAGAAAAAUGUUGUGGUGGCUGCUAAUAAGGUGUCCAGUAAAGUGACGGCAGUGGCCUUCUCCGAGGACAACUCCUACUUUGUGACGGCGGGAAACAGACAUGUCCGCUUCUGGUACCUGGAUCACUCUGGCUCUGCCAAGCAGGUGGACGGCCCAGCCCCCUUACAGGGUCGGUCGGGCCUUCUCGGGGAGCUCCAGAACAACUUCUUCUGUGAUGUGGCUUGCGGCCGUGGCAGCCAAUCAGGAAGCACCUUCUGCAUCACUUCCUCCGGCCUGCUGUGUCAGUUCAACGAGAGGAGGAUGCUGGAGAAGUGGGUGGACCUCAGGACGUCCAUGGCCAGGUCCCUGUGCGUGACAGCGGAUCUGAUCUUCUGUGCGUGUGCAGAGGGCACGGUGCGCGCCUUCAACCCUGUGGACCUUCGCUUUCUGGGCACCCUGCCGCGACCACAUCACCUGGGCACAGAUGUGGCGGCCAUCACCCAACCCAGCCACCUGUUCUCUGCCCAGCCGGAUGCACGGUACCCGGACUCUGUGGCAUUGACCUUCGACCCUGAGAAUGGCUGGCUGUCGUGUGUGUAUAAUGACCACAGCCUGUACGUGUGGGACGUAAUGGACCUGCAGUGCGUGGGGAAGGUCUUCUCUGCCCUAUACCACUCCGCCUCUGUCUGGGACCUGCAGGUGUAUCCACACAGUGCCGACUCCUCUGGAUCGUCGCCCAGCUCCGUCUCCUUCAUGACCUGCUCUGCUGACAACACCAUCCGACUCUGGCAUUCCGACGGACAGCGCUCUGUCUCCAAUGGCAACAUCCUUAGCAACGACCUGCUGAAUGUGAUUUAUGUGGAGAACAGCAGCGCCGCCCUGCUGGACACAGACAUGUGCUGCCCCUCUGUGGUGGAGAAGCAGGACGGUGUGGCUCCGGAGGUCAGGACUGGCAUCCGCACCAUCUGUGUCAGUCCAGAUGGCAAACAUCUGGCCUCAGGCGACCGCACUGGCACACUCAGGGUGCACGAUCUGAGCAGCAUGGAGGAGGUCCUGAAGGUUGGGGCUCACGAUGCUGAGAUCCUCUGUCUGGAGUACUCGAAACCUGAGACUGGUCUGCAGCUGUUGGCGACUGCGGGUAGAGACCGUCUCCUCCAGGUGCUGGACGCGGGUGAAGACUACAGGCUGCUGCAGACGCUUGAUGAGCACUCGUCCUCCAUCACUGCUGUACGCUUCGCUGCCACUGAUGGGAAGGUGAAACUGAUCAGCUGUGGGGCUGACAAGAGCAUCUACUUCAGGACAGCCCACAGGACACUCAGAGGAACGGAGUUCAAGCGUACUCAUCAUGUGGUGAGGAAGACCAGCCUUGCUGAUAUGGAUGUGGACCCCUCCUGCAAAUACGCAGCUGUGGGAUGUCAGGAUCGCAGCAUCAGGAUUUUCAACAUCAGCAAUGGCAAGCAGAAGAAGUCCUACAAGGGCUCCCAAGGCCUGGAUGGCAGCCUGCUGAAGGUCCAGGCGGAUCCUUCAGGGCUCUAUGUGGCCACUAGCUGCUCUGAUAAGAACAUUGGCCUGUAUGACUUCCACUCAGGAGAGUGCCUGGCAACCAUGUUUGGUCACUCAGAAAUUGUAACAGGCAUAAAGUUCACCAGUGACUGUAGGCAUCUGAUCUCUGUGUCUGGAGACAGCUGUAUCAUGGUGUGGCGUCUGGCACCUGAGCUGACUCUCAACAUGCGGGAUCACAUCGCCCAGCGCAAGCAGGCACAGACUGGCACAGCGGGCACAGCGGGCACAGCGGGCACAGCGGGCACAGCGGGCACAGCGGGCAAGGCUCAUAGGGUUAGGCAGAAGCUGCAGAGAGCUCCAAAACUGAUGGGUUAUCAGGACUCAGACAGUGAGAAGGAGGAGGAAGAGGAGGAAGAAGAGAAGGAAGAUGAAGGGAUGAUGCUGUACACAGGAGAAGAGGCAAGGAAGAAGGGGCCAAGAACUCAGAUAGACGAGAGCGGUGUAGGGGAAGACAUCGGGGCUUCAGAUAGUGCUGCUGAGUGGGAUCCCAUCCAGGUCCAGAUGGGUCGAGAGCAAUCUCCCCAGUCUGCCGGUCCAGUAGAUGUCCAAGCCCGUCCUCGCCGGCGCUGGUCCUGUCGGGUCAGCUCCAUGGAGCUGGUGGUCCAUUCUAUGCUGGAGCUCAGGCAGCUGGACCUGCAGCACGUCGAGGAGAAGAGCUCAGAAGCCCAGCACAUUACUCCCGACCAGAAGGGGGCAGCGGGUCCUGAGGGUCGUGUAAAGAUGCGCAGACCCCGCCCCCACUCCACCUGGUUGGCUCCUGCGGUGACCCCUGAACCCGAGGGGGUGGUUCUGUACCCUGACCAGCAGUGGGGCGGUGGAGGCCUGGAGGGCCCUGAGUUCCAGGUGAGGGGGGGUCACAGACACAGCCAGGACUCCCAGGGGUCCCGGUGGUCCUACAGCCGAAGCCGAGGCAGUGCGGGGUCCCUGGGCUACUGCAGCGGGGUGUCCAGCCCUGAGCACAGGAAUGUCGACUCUGAGAGCCUUGAGGGCCUCAGCACAGACGCGGACGAGUCGAACACUGAGGACGAGGAAGAGGAGGAGGAGGAGGAUGAAGAUGGAAAGGAGGCUAAGGCGUUCCUUCAGGCCCGCUUUGAGACUUUAUCAGACCUCCGAAGCAGCGCAGGAAGCCUUGGGCGAGCCAUGCACAGGCCACUGCAGAAGACCACAGUCUCUACUCGCUUCUUAGCUAAGGGCCAAAACACCAGGAGUCACACCCCUGUCUCUCGCAUCCCGCGGCUGAGGGAUGAGAGCCCAAGUGUUGCCGUGCAACCCCUCAUCUCCGCCGUACGCCCCCUGGUGGCAGACGAUGGCCAGCACAGGAGCUCGGAGGACAAACCCGAUGCCCUGAGAGAGAGGGGCACUGUGCCCGGGCCCGUCCCCAUGCGCAAGAGAACAAGCGGGGCCUGCGCCACUAGGGUCAUGGGCCCCAGUGUGAAGGCCCAGCCACUGCUCCAGAAGUCCCUCUCCGCCCACAAUCUAUCUGGAGAUGGUCGGAGAGCCGUCACACCGUCUAGUCUGAGGAAAGACCUUCGCCUCCCUCCUCCCUCCCCCCAGCGCAGCCCCUCCUCUCCGCUCCUCCUCCCGUCUCACACAGUGACCCCCCCCGGCUCCUCCACCUCCUCACUCCAGGCCUGGAGGUCCCGCUCCUACAUGAGCCCCACCACCAGCUCCAAGGCCAAGGUGUGCCGCUCCGUGUCCGUCGGAGAGGGUCUCAACACGGGCAGCGGCGCGGCCGAGGUUGACCCCGGGGCCCCAGCAGCUCCAGAGCUCAGCCUCGGGGACCCCAUGGAGGCCCCACUGAGGGCCCACCUCUCUGUGGAGGGAACCGGCUCUGAUGGGCUGAGCAAACAUGCUCUCUCAGCCAAUCACAGUGAGGCUCAGGAGUAUGCAUUGUACAAGUGCAGGGAGAGCCUGCUAAACCAGCACAUUCAGGUGUUUCCGGGCAACAAGGAGCAAGGCUUUGUGGAAAAGCGAGCGGAGGACUGUGGGAAGGAGCGCCCCCUGUUGGCCGUGCAGGCGUUCUCUGUUGUCUCCGAGGACUCGUCCGGCACAGGCUCUGCGGUCACCGUGGAGACGUGUCGUGAGGUAGCAGGAGAGCUGCAGAGAACAGUGGAGAGGACCAUGCAGCUCUACAAGACAGUGAAUGGAGGUUGUCGUGAAGGUGCUGACCAGCAGGAGAUGGAGCGGGUGCUGGGGGAGGCUCUGGGCCGGGUGCGGUCCGUCAUGGAUGGUGUCCCGGCAACAGCCCCCAGGGGGGGUGAGGGGCAGAGCGGGGGAGGGGUGGCCCUGGCCCUGCUGGAGCAGUACUCGAAGCUCCUACUCAAGUCUGUAGAGCAGCAGCUAGAGAGCAAGGUCUGAUUACACACACACACACACACACACACACACAGACACUCACACUCACACUCACACU